CAACUGAUAGAUAAUCUCUCAAGAGAUUCAAUGACUUGUUCUUCAUAAUUAAAAUGUUAUUACGUCCUAAUUAUUAUAGUGCUUUAGUUUUACGUUCUAGUCAUUUACCAGCAAAGAAUAGUUUAAUUGCCUACCAUAAAGCGUAUCAUCGGAACAAUAAAGCCGACUUGACUGAAAAUACAAAGAAUUAUUAUAGAAAUGACCUUUACAAGCGUUCUUCUCCAAAACUACAAAAGGAAGAUUUUGAUUAUUUAUAUGGUCAUUCAGUUGUAUUACCCGCACUUGAACAAAAACGAAGAAAAUUUCAUCGAUUAUUCGUUCAAGAAAGCUUUAUUUUCCGUAAAAAAGAAAGUCGAAUCAUUCCUGAAAAGAUUCUAUCAUUAGCAAAUGAAGCAAAUAUUCCAAUCGUGAAAGCGGCAAAAGAUGAAUUAAACAAAUUAUUAAAGGAUGACAGGCCACAUCAAGGUAUAAUUUUAAAAGCUUCAAAACUUAAACCCAUAAAAAUUGCAUGUCUUGGGAGACAAUCCGAUAAAAUGUAUCAAGUCAUCAAACCAUAUGAAUCUCCUCUAAAUAUUUCGUAUAUUUCGUCAAAUGGAACUCUACCCUUUUGGCUUGCACUUGAUCAAGUUGUUGAUCCACAGAAUUUAGGCGCUAUUAUUAGAUCAGCAUACUUUUUCGGUGUUAAUGGGCUUGUUUUAUGUUCAAAGAAUAGUGCACCAUUAUCCGCGUUCACAUCUAAAGCAAGUUCGGGCGCUUUGGAACUUAUGGAUGUUUAUGAUGUUGAUAAUCUAGCAAAUUUUUUAAAUUGUUCAUCACAAAAUAAUUGGAUUAUAUAUGGAGCAGUAUCAAAUUUUAAUAGUAAUAAUUCUAAUAAGAAUUCUAUAUCUAUUAAUGAAUUAAAUAAUCCUUUAUCAAAACAUCCCGUGAUUUUAGUUAUUGGAAGUGAAGGAACAGGUCUUCGUUCAAAUAUUUUGAAUACCUGUCAUUAUUUAUUGCAUAUAUUAUCACCAAAUACAAAGAAGUCUAAAUAUAUAGAUUCAUUAAAUGUAAAUGCUGCUACUGCAAUAUUAUUGCAUGGAUUUUUUAGUAGUAAAAUCUAACAUUGUUAACUACAUAUAACAAAUAUUAU